AUGUCUGAACCCGUUUUGAACAAAAUUUGUAAAGCGGAUGAAAACGGUGACGUUUAUUACUAUACAUCUCAUGAAAAAUUGCCUGUUCAAGUUCGAGAAGCUGAAGAAGAUGAUAUUGAGAGUAUAGUGAAUUUAAAAAACGAGGCAUUUUCAACGCACAAUGAGUGUAAUUAUCAAUGGAUACUGAGUAAUUGGAAUAGACCUGAACAAAAAUGCAGCCGAUGGUAUGUUAUCACGUAUAAUCGAGAAGACGGCCAAGAAAGUCAAGUCAUUGGAUUCAUAUUUUGGCGAAUUCGAGCGGGUUUCGAAGUACGAUUGACUGUUGAAUUGGAUCAAAUAGCAGUAGAUAAAACUUAUCGUCGUCAAGGAUUUGCUAAGACUCUUAUUCGUCGAUCAUUAAUCAAAUUUCAGGAAUUUAUACAAACAAAUUUUUCAAGUUUUAAACCACAAAUUGGUUUUGUAUUUGUUAUAACAGGCGAGCGAAAUCCGGCUCAAGAAUUAUACAGGAAAUCACUUGGUCUUGAAUAUAAAGGAAAAAUAGGUGCAAUAUUCGGUGCAAGUGGUGAAAAAAUCAUCAUGGCUAAUGAACAUAUAGAACAAUUUUUGGAGAAUUCUCACCACAUCCAAUACUAA